GAGGGCGGCUCCGCGGCCGCACCAGAGGGCUAUCCCGGGUGCCUGUCCCCGGUGCCAGUCCCCGGUGCCAGUCCCGGGUGCCGCCGGCCAGGCACAGGGACCCCGCGGAGCGGCGGCCUGGCGGUGUUUGCCCCAGGGGCAGCAGCCCCGGCCGGGCUCGGGUUUGGGCUCCGCGGUGCCAGCGAGGGGCGCGGCGGGGUUGGCUCUGCCAGGGCGCGGCCCGUGAGGGAUCCGCGGCGGGGUGGGCAGCCGGGAGCUGUGGGAAUCCAACAGCAACGAGAAGGCAAGGAUGAGUCUGUUCGGGUCAACGUCGGGGUUCGGUACCGGCGGUACCAGCAUGUUCGGCAGCACCACAGCCGAUAACCACAACCCCAUGAAGGAUAUUGAAGUAACAUCCCCACCUGAUGACAGCAUAUCUUGUUUAGCGUUUAGUCCACCAACGCUGCCGGGUAAUUUCCUCAUUGCAGGAUCAUGGGCCAAUGAUGUUCGCUGCUGGGAGGUUCAGGAUAAUGGCCAGACAAUUCCAAAGGCUCAGCAGAUGCACACAGGGCCUGUACUCGAUGCCUGCUGGAGUGAUGAUGGAAGUAAAGUAUUUACUGCUUCAUGUGAUAAAACUGCCAAAAUGUGGGAUCUCAACAGUAAUCAAGCAAUUCAGAUUGCACAACAUGAUGCUCCUGUGAAUUCCAUCCACUGGAUUAAAGCACCCAAUUACAGCUGUGUGAUGACAGGAAGCUGGGAUAAAACUUUGAAGUUCUGGGACACCCGUUCACCAACUCCUAUGAUGACUCUGCAGCUCCCUGAAAGGUGUUACUGUGCAGAUGUGGUUCAUCCUAUGGCAGCUGUGGCCACUGCAGAAAGGGGUUUGAUAGUUUACCAGUUAGAGAACCAGCCUUCUGAAUUCAGAAGAAUAGAAUCUCCUCUGAAACACCAGCACCGCUGUGUUGCUAUUUUCAAAGACAAAGUGAACAAACCAACUGGAUUUGCCCUUGGAAGCAUUGAAGGCAGAGUAGCUAUUCAUUAUAUCAACCCCCCAAACCCUGCAAAAGAUAAUUUCACUUUUAAAUGCCAUCGCUCCAAUGGAACAAACACAUCAGCACCUCAGGACAUCUAUGCUGUUAAUGGGAUUGCAUUCCACCCUGUCCAUGGUACUCUGGCCACAGUAGGGUCUGAUGGGAGAUUCAGCUUUUGGGAUAAAGAUGCACGGACAAAGCUAAAAACCUCAGAGCAGCUGGACCAGCCAAUAUCUGCUUGUUGUUUCAACCACAAUGGCAAUAUAUUUGCUUAUGCUUCCAGCUAUGAUUGGUCAAAGGGUCAUGAAUUCUAUAAUCCACAGAAGAAAAACUACAUUUUCCUGCGAAAUGCAGCAGAAGAGCUGAAGCCCAGGAAUAAGAAGUAGGGAGUCUGAGUUGAACUCCUCUCCUUGUUCUGCCCUUCCUGCCUCUGCUCUUUGGCCAUUUGUGCCCUGUUGCACCAUGGUUCAGUCAACUUUGGAUCACAAACAUUUAGCAGGAACUGUAAAAAUGACAGUAAAUGUAUUCUGACUUGCUGGAGAACACUUUCCAAAUUAGAUACUCUGAUGUGUAUAAGAAAGAAAGGCUCCUAUUGACAUGACUUAACCACUCUCUGUUCCACAGCAAUAAUGAGAUUGCAGCAAAAUCAACAUCUGGGGUGGAUAUUCCUGCUUUGAAGUGCAGCCAUUUGUAUCUCUGGAUUUAUUUUGUUAGUAUUACAUUAAAAUAUGUUAAUUAUAAUCGUUCUGGAGAAGUUGUAUAAAUACUGUAUUUUUUGUAAGUACUUGGAGAAUCACCAGUAAUUCUUCUCAAAGGAGGCUUGUUUUUUUUCUUAUUAAUAAUUCAGGGGUUCUUUCAUUGCUUUCUGGUUUUUGAAAUGGAAGCAUUGUCUGCUGUAUGCCAGGAAGAAAUGCCUUGAAAAUAGUUUUCCCUCCUUUUUUAGAUGAUGAGGAAGGUGUGUAGGGGCCAAGAGCAGUGACAGAAGCUCGAGGCAGAAGAUGGGCCCAGUGCAAACUUCAGAUUUUCCUGAUACUCCUGCAGUGGACAUGACUUCUGAGCAAACUGCUUUUUCUAGGUCAAAGGGGAAGUUGCAGUGGUGCCAAGUGGUGAAACAGCUCAGAGUUCAGGAACAUGAGCAAACCUUUAAAAGGUUUUAUUCAUGACCAAACCAAUGUGUGCAAAAUCCCUUUGACCUAAGCUUCUCUGAAGCUGACACCUUUUAGAGUUGUAAGCUGAGCAUUUUAACGUGGUUUUGUCCUGUAAGAGGGUGUUCAGGACUGAAAAAAAAUACUCAUUUUUGUAUUAACUAGAAAGUAGUGCUGGGAAGCUUCAUCCUGAUCAAAAAUGCUGUGAAACAAAAUGAGUGGGUCUCUUUCUGACUUGAAUCUACCACUGUUUACUUUUAACUAGCCAGUUGUAUACAUGCCAAAGUUUUCUUUUUGGAAGUGAAUGCUUAUUAUUCCUGUCUAACUAUUGUUUGUUUGAUAAUGACUGAAUAAAAAGGGGCUGGGGGGAGCAUGUAUAGAAUUACAUGGCAUAUUGUACAAAUUCUCUGUAAAACUGUUAUGGUUUCAUGCUGGUGGUUACGGAUUCAUGCUGAGUUUCAAAUAAAAUUUUUACUAAAUGCUUUUUUA